AUGCACUAUUUCUUGCAAAACAAUAAUGAAUUAAUUGCUGCACAAAAAUAUGUGGAACAAGCCGCAGAAAGAAAUCUGCCGGAAUUCUUGGUGGCCUUGGUCAAUAUAUUGGCCAAUACCGAUAAAUCUCAGGUCGUUCGAAUGGCUGCUGGAAUCAAUUUAAAAAAUUCUUUUACAUCUAAAGACCCCGCUAUCAAGUUACAGUAUCAAGAAAGAUGGAAAACAUUUAGUAAUGAUGUUCGCUACCAUAUUAAAAACUUGGUUUUACAAACCUUGGGAACUGAACCUUCACGACCUUCAUCUGCUGCUCAGUGUGUUGCUAGCAUUGCUUGCGUCGAAUUGCCAUUUAAUGUUUGGCCUGAGGUUAUACCCACAUUAGUUCGAAACGUCACUAAUCAACAUAGUACAGAAGCGUUGAAGGAAUCUUCAUUAGAGGCUAUAGGCUACAUUUGUAGCGAUAUCGCUGACCCUGAUGUUAUAUCGUCAAAAUCUAAUGACAUUUUAACGGCGAUAAUAUUAGGAAUGCGAAAGGAAGAGCCCAGUAAUUAUGUCCGACUCGCCGCUGCAAAAGCCUUAUUAAAUUCUUUAGAAUUCACCAAAGCAAACUUUGAGAAAACAAGUGAGAGACAUUAUAUCAUGCAAGUUCUAUGCGAAGCAACGCAAAGCCCUGAUGAGCAGAUCCGUGUUGCUGCCCUUCAAAACCUAGUCAGGAUUGUCACAUUAUAUUACCAGUAUAUGGAACAUUACAUGGGACCAGCGUUAUUUGCGAUUACGAUAGAUGCUAUGACUUCUCAUCAAGAUGCGGUUGCUUUACAAGGUAUUGAAUUUUGGUCAAGCAUUUGUGACGAAGAGGUUGAUUUAGCUAUUGAGGCUGCCGAUGCUGCAGAAGCUGGAAGACCUCCAGAGCAAACAAGUAAACAUUACGUCAAGGGUGCUUUAGGUUAUUUGGUGCCUAUAUUACUACAAACAUUGACCAAACAGUCUGAACUUGAUGAUGAAGAUGAUUGGAACCCGUGUAAGGCUGCUGGAGUUUGCUUAAUGCUGGUUGCGUCGUGUUGUGAAAAUGACGUUAUUGGGUAUAUACUGCCCUUUAUUAAAGAGAAUAUAGUACAUUCUGAUUGGCAAUACAGAGACGCCGCCGUAAUGGCCUUAGGUUCUAUUUUAGAAGGGCCUGAUCCAGCUGUACUUUUACCUGUUAUGAAUCAGGCUAUGCCACUGCUAAUUGGUUUGAUGGAAAAUGAUAAUAACAUUAUUGUUUGUGACUCUGUCGCGUGGACAAUUGGUCGAAUUUGCGAAUUAUUGCCGGAAGUUGCGAUAAAUCCAGAUGUUAUAGAAUCCCUAAUAGGGGUUCUCAAGAAAGGAUUAGCAGGGGAACCACGUGUAGCCUCAAAUGUUUGCUGGGCGCUAUCAUCGUUAGCAGAAGCAGCCUUUGAUAAUGAGGAAGGUUCGGAUUCAGAACGACCGGACAGUUAUUGCCUAUCGCCCUACUACAAUGCUAUAGUUGAUCAUUUAUUGAAAACUACGACCAGGCAAGAAGCAAAUAGCUCUAACUUGAGAAGUGCAGCAUACGAAUCUCUUAUGGAAUUGAUAAAAAAUAGUGCUAAGGAUUGUUAUCCUACUAUCCAGUUAGUCGCCAACGAGAUUAUGCAGAGGCUGCAGGCUGUAUUAAGUAUGGAAGGUACUGUGCAGAGUGCUGACAGAUCUCAGUUUGUUGACUUGCAAUGUUUAUUAUGCGCUACACUUCAGAGCGUAUUGCGAAGGAUUCAACCAAGUGAUGUUUCGCAGUGGUGUGAUUCCAUUAUGAAGAUUUUGUUAUUAAUGUUCAAUUCGUCGACGGGUAGAACUGGUACUAUACAGGAAGAUGCUUUAAUGACUGUUGGGACUCUCGUUGAAGUUACGGGAAUUAAUUUCAUGAUAUAUAUGGAUUCGUUCAAACCUUUUCUUCUUAUGGGACUAAAGAAUGUUAUGGAGCAUCAAGUAUGUUUGGCUGCAGUCGGAAUAGUUAGCGAUUUAUGUCGAGCUUUUGGCCACAAUUUUGUACCACACGCUGAUGAAAUCAUGUCUAUUCUUAUUAAAAAUUUAGGGGAUGCUUCACUGGAUCGAUCUGUUAAACCUCACAUAUUUUCAACAAUUGGAGAUAUUGCAAUGGCUAUUGAAGGAAACUUUAAAGUAUAUUUAGAAAUAGUAUUUGGUAUUCUCCAUCAAGCUAGUCAAACAGAAGUUAAAAAGGAGGAUUUUGAUCUGAUUGAUUAUCUAAAUUUAUUGAGAGAAUCUUGCUUAGAAACUUAUACGGGCAUAGCACAGGGUUUGAAAGGCAGCGGUGAUAAUCCAAACGUCGAUAUAAACAUUCUACGACCAGAAGUGCCACGUAUUAUGCAAUUUAUUGAUAGUAUAGCUAUUGAUGAGGAUCAUUCUGAUGGGACUAUUUCUACAAGCGCUGGUUUAAUAGGCGACUUAUGUGAUGCGUACGGAAGUAGUGAGAUCCAGAGCCUGGUAACAGGAAAUAUACAAGGCAUGUUGCAAGAGGGUUUAAAAUCUAAAGAAACCAAAACCAAGCAAGUUUGUGCAUGGGCAUUGAAAGAGCUGCAUAAAGUAAAAUAA